AUGCAUCGUGCCGUUGAACUACCUACAGGCCCACAGCCCGGAUGGGAAAUCAGUGGGCCACACGCCGGAGAGACAGAUCUCAAGAGCGUGUCGGAGAGCUUGGUGGUGUUACAGUCUUUGAGACAAUCGCGUAGCAAAUGGGUCACAACCAUGUUUCCAAAGUUCUCCGUGAAAACACGCAGUGGAAAAACUCCCGAAGUGACCCCGCCCCCUCAUACGACCAAAGCUCACGGGAAGUAUGAUCUUCACGUUGGGCCUCACGUAUACCAUGACACAGCCAUCUACGAGGUCCACUACCUCCCUGCUGUUGAACCUAUAGCUGAGGGGUUGCAGACUAUACAACAGCCGUUUUCCACUCCACCCGCAACUGCCAGUAGUAGCGGCGUGCAAACAUCCUUGUCCGCCAUACCCUUUCCGGCUGGCACUUAUGUCACCCCAGCGCUAUCCUCCAAGGUGUCGGUGGCCGCACAAAGCAAUCCGGUGCUCGCGAAUCUGCUCAAAGCCGUGAUCAGUCGCACUGCUACUGACGACCAAGUGAAAACGCUGGGCCUCCUCAUACAGUCCUUAGAGGGAGUACAGGCAUUGGAGCAACCUAACCCCACCCUCCUCGGGAUGUCUGCUGCCCAAUUUUCUGCAAGACCGUCCUCGCCGAGACCGUUCGACGUAGUCCUCGAAUUCCACGAGCGGUCGUCCGACCGCUUCAUCCUACCCCGCGGCGAUGUAGUAUGUGAGUUAGCGGCGCCUAAAACCGAAUCGCCAUACAAGGCGUCGGACGCGAUCAUCACCUGCUGUGUGCCGUUUGCAAACGCGGCAAGCCUUCAACCGACCACGCCGGGUGCAGAGCCUCCAGACAAUGACACACCCGAAGUUGUCAGUUUCCGGAUCUCGCGAGUCUCGCAUGCGGUGUGGGAGCUGCUGUUUACGUGGGCGGGAGGCCCACAGAAGAUAGAAGAGAGCCGAGUCAAACUAGCUGAGAUUGCAAAGCAAGCGGGUCCGCACUUGUAUCUCAAGCAUCGCCUGCCAGAGGGCGAGCUGCUAGAAGAAAUUCGGGCUGCUGUAGCUCCGUCAUAUACCUUCAGGCCCGUCAAGCCAGCGGGGGCCGACAGCAAUAAGGCGAAACGGAAAUCUGUAACCAGGAGACCCACAGUCUCAAUCGCAGCCGCCCCGUCUGCUUCUCCGGAGAAGCCACCCCCACCGCCCACACCACCCGUGAAAAGACGGGCCCAACAGAAGGCUAAGGCUUCAGCGCCCCCUCCUAUCGCCUGUCACUCCUGCGGACAGCGAGACGUACCCUUGAUGAUGGGCGGCAGUAAGCAUUUCACACACGUUUGA